AUGCUUGGAAAUUGGAAGGAAAAUACAAAUUUGAUUAUUUUCAUCCAUUCGUUCCGUAAAUAUCACGGAAUCUCUUUUAAUAACCCUAUUAAGCUUUCUUCUUUCACAAUAGGUCACCAUGAAAGCGCUAAGCUUAUUGAGAAGCGUGUUGCUAAGCUCUGUGUCUUGGCAGAGGACUGCAACCAGCCUGAUUACGUCAAGUUGGUCAAAGCUCUUUGUGCUGAUCACAACAUCAAUUUGCUUACCGUUCCAAGUGCCAAAACCCUUGGCGAAUGGGCUGGUCUUUGCAAGAUUGAUUCAGAGGGAAAUGCAAGGAAGGUUGUUGGAUGCUCAUGCCUUGUAGUCAAGGUAACGAGUCUUUCACAUUCUCUCUUAAUAACUUAG